UUGAACUCAGGUUUUGUCCAAAAUAUCAGCGAACACAAAGGGAACAGAAGCACCGGUGAAUUCCACGGUGAUUCUGCAAUGGCAAUACAAAAAAUUAUCCAGAUUUUUGUUGGGAGUUAUGGAAUCUGCAACAGAACAUCCUACCUAGUGAUUACCAUCCUUUUACUUCCUUAUUAUCCUGUACUGACUUUCCAAGCAGCCCCUGUUGUCCCAAACCUUCCUUUAAUUAUGGCCUGGAAUGCUCCAACAGAAAUCUGUGCUGAGAAGUUUAAGUUACCAUUGGAUCUGAGCCUCUUUUCCUUUGUUGGAAGUACUCUAAAGAAAGUUACAAAUCAGAAUAUUACUAUGUUUUACACGGACAGGCUUGGCUACUAUCCUUACAUAAAUGAAAAAACGGGUAAAGCUUUCAAUGAGGGGAUCCCGCAGUUGGCUUCUUUAAAGAAGCAUUUAGCUAAAGCACAGGAAGACAUUGUCUACUAUAUUCCAUCGGAAGAUACUUUUGGUUUGGUGAUUAUUGACUGGGAAAACUGGCGGCCUAAUUGGGUAAGGAACUGGAAACCAAAAACUAUUUACCAGGUCCGGUCUGUUGAGCUGAUUCAACAACUAAAUAUCCAAUUAAAUGCUGCUGAGGCCCAGAAGGCUGCCAAAAAAGAUUUUGAAAAGGCAGCAAAGAUUUUUAUGCUAGAGACUUUAAGAUUGGGGAAAUCCCUGAGGCCAAAUCACUUGUGGGGCUAUUACCUUUUUCCUGAUUGUUAUAAUUAUAACUACAAAGGCCCCAAUUACAAUGGAAGUUGCUUUGAUGUAGAAAUAGCAAGAAACAAUGAGUUGUAUUGGUUGUGGAAAGAGAGCACUGCACUUUUCCCAUCUAUCUAUAUAUCCAAGAAGCUAAAGGAAACUCAAAAGACUCAAUUCUUUGUACGUAACCGUAUUAAGGAAGCCAUUCGGGUUUCUCAAGUUGUCCAUUUCAAGAAACCUCUUCCGAUUUUUGUAUAUACACGUCCAGUUUUUACUGAUGCCCCAGCUCAAUAUCUUUCUGAGGGUGACCUUGUCAAUACUAUUGGAGAGUCUGUUGCCUUGGGUGUCUCUGGAAUAAUAAUGUGGGGAAGCCUCAAUUUAACCCAAAGCAAGAAAACGUGCACAGUCUUAGACAAUUACAUGAGGACUACACUGAACCCUUACAUUGUCAAUGUCACUCUUGCGGCCAAAAUGUGUAGCCAGGUCCUUUGCCAGGAGCAAGGAGCUUGUAUUCGAAAACACUGGAAUUCUAGUGACUACCUUCAUCUGAACCCAAAGAGAUUCAUCAUUCAAACUCGAAAGGACAACACAUAUAUGGUUUAUGGAAAGCCAAACCUUCAGGAUCUACAAGAAUUUUCAGAGAAAUUUUAUUGCAACUGCUAUGCAGGUUCCAAAUGUAAAACAAAAGUCACUGUAAAAGAUGUUCAUGACAUCAAUGUGUGCAUUUCAGAAGAUAUUUGUAUUGAAGCCUAUUUAGAUUUGAAACCUAUCAGCCAUACAUCCAGACCCCCAAACUGGAGACAAGUUAUUUCUACCCCUCAGAACUUUCUUUCCCUGGACCUUACUGACAUAGAAUAUCAGCAGGUUACUAACACAGCAUUUGACACAAAUGGCAUAGGCGAUGGUGAUAUUUCAAACAAUGUUAUCAAAUCUAUUUUUAGAAUGAACUAUUCAGCUGAAGUCACCUAUACAGAUACUGAAAAUGAUAUACCUAAUGCUUCCUUUCAACAGAUACUGGGUUUACAUCAAUCCAAACUUGAAAACAAUUUGAUAAAUAGAAUGAUUUACUCAAGGUCUUGUUCAGUGUUUAUGAACUUUUAUACUUUCAUGCUUUUUAUUUUUCUAGCUGUGGAAUUGUUUCAUCAACUUUUGUUUUUAUAGGCAUGUAAAGCAUGCCAACACUUUUCUUGAAAUGUGAAUCAGUCUCUGUGAUUGCUUUAUAACAACCAUGAUCAUAUAUUUUUAAAAAUGGAAUGACUUUAGAAAUAAUUUGUCUGAAUGCUCUUUUGUAAGAUUGUUUAUGACUGAAGCAAGAACCUUACCCACCAGCAAAUGAGGACCCUAAAAUAGAAUAAUUUUUUGGAGUGGCAACUAUAGUACAUAUAAAUUCUUUGUUUACAGAGAAGAUAUUUUUGAAUUUCAAAGCUGAAUUUUCUUUUUUUUCUGAU